CUUUGGUAGUGACGCCCGUCCGUCGCAACCGUUCGAAAGUCUGUUUUACGGUCCAAAAUUCGAAAUACCAUUAAAUCACGUGCUACGGAAAUUUCACCUUCGGUGUUUUCUCAUCCAAUUAAGUUGCGAUGUUGUUAUUCAGAAUAUUGCCAGCAGAUUUUAAACCUUAAUAUCAACUUGUUAAGAAUGUGCAUCUUCAAAGUGAUGUUUUGGAUAGUAGUGAUUUUAUUAUUCACAUCAAAUGAAUGUUUUGGUUAUCAGCCGAAAUUCACCGAGCCGAUCGGUAACAUCACAGUACCAGUAGGACGAGAAGCUAUGUUUACAUGUUAUGUUCACAAUUUAGGAGGCUAUAGAGUUGGAUGGGUAAAAGCAGACACUAAAGCUAUUCAAGCUAUACAUGAUCAUGUGAUUACACACAACGCUCGAGUUUCCGUGUCGCAUACUGAUGAUGCAACAUGGAAUUUGCUCAUAAAAAACGUACAAGAAGAAGAUCGAGGUCAAUACAUGUGCCAAAUCAAUACUGAUCCCAUGAUAAGUCAAAUGGGUUAUUUAGAUGUUGUAAUACCCCCUGACAUCAUUUAUGAAGAUACAUCUGGUGAUGUAAUGGUGCCUGAAGGUGGUACAGUCAAAUUGACGUGUAGAGCUAAAGGAUAUCCUAAGCCACAUGUUCUAUGGAGACGAGAAGACGGAAAAGACAUAAUAAUUAAAGAUUCAAAUAGCAUAAAGACAAGAGUGAUAACACAUCAAGGAGAGUUAUUGAAGUUGAUUAAAGUUAGUAGGUCUGAAAUGGGCGCUUAUCUCUGUAUAGGAUCAAACGGCGUACCACCUUCAGUUAGUAAACGUAUCACUGUUAGUGUUCAUUUUCAUCCAGUGAUUUCUGCUCCGAGUCAACUUGUUGGUGCACCAAAAGGUACUGAAGUUAAACUAGAAUGUAAUGUCGAAGCAUUUCCAAAAUCUAUCAAUUAUUGGGUCAGAGAGAGCGGUGAUAUGGUAAUCACUAGUGAUAAAUACCAAACAACUAAUACUAUUAAGUCAACAUUUGAAGAUCAGAUGGUGCUCACUAUUAGAUUUGUUGAAAAAUCAGAUUUAGGAUCCUAUAGAUGUAUAGCAAAGAAUUCUCUCGGCGAAGUUGAAAGUAGCAUCAGGUUGUACGAAAUUCCAGGGCCCAAAGAGAAUAAUGAUGACUAUGAUGAAGAUAUAAAUAUUGUAAAUGAGUAUGAAAUAUUUCACGAAGUCCAUCACAAUGAAAUUGACGGUGAUCGAAAUCGGACUAAACACAAACACCAAACUAACGGUGACUCAUCGGUGUUGCCCAGUCCAAGUGUAUCUAUCCGUCCAAUGCCACCAUUUUAUUGGACUUUGAAGUACCUCUGACAUACAAUUUUCGACUGGUAGGAAAAUUCAAUGAAGUCUUUAUCCACACUUACCAGUUAAAUGCAAAAAUAAUACCGGUUCCUUUAUUAGUGGUGAUAAUGUUGUUGACUUUACAAAAAAGGUGAAUUUUGUGUAACAUACAUUUGAAUGCGCGAAAUCUUCAAAAUUUGAUGAUAAUAAUAGUUAAAAAUAAUUUUAUAAAAAAAAUAAUCUUUACCAUGUUAAAUUUUGUUAUAAGCAUAAAACAUUGAUGUUCGUUUUGUAAAUAAAGUAAUUGAUUUUGAAUUAUUACUUUUUUUUACCACCAACAUGUUACAUAUAUUUUUCAUUAUUGAUGGUUUCUAUUUAUAUUUGAGUAUUUAAAUUACACGUAAUUGUGUCAUCAAACUCAUUUGUUAAGUCACAUUAUGAAAUAAUCCAAGAAUAUUGUCGAAGUAACAAUUGUACAAUUUUAAAAGGUCCUGUAUAUAAUUAUAGUGACUAAAAAUUUGUUUAUUCAACAACGAUGUUUGUAAAUGAUAUUGUUUAAAAUUAUAUUGUUAAUUAAGCAUCUCAAUAAUAGUUAUAUUCUAAUAUAUCUUACUCGCAAGUAUUUAAAUGAAAAUUAAACGCAAUAUUUUUCUUAGUAUCUGUUGAAUAAUUUAUGGAAAUUUAAUAGUCGAUUAUUUUGUUGAAUUUAAUAUUUGUAAAUGUCCCUUAUAUAUUACUUUGUAUUCAUUUAGUUGUCUAACUUUUCAAUCAUUUAAAUAAUAAUUAGAAAAAAACAAAACGCAUUUUUAUUUUAAGCGUACAAGAACUAUGUAAUAACGUUUAAAUUUAAAAAAUAUGUAAGAACUUUUAUUCACUUCCUAUAUGCUUUAAAUCAGAAUAAAAAUCAUGUUAUAUUUUUAUCAAAUAAAAAUAAAGAUUCUGUGUUUUAGAAUAACUAUGUUUUGUAUCAACCAUAUAAAAUAGUUACUAUACUAAUAUAUAUAGAGUGUUCAAUAUGUAAGAAAACGGGUAUCUAUUGUUCUCAUUGUUUGUAACAAUUGACCUGUUUCUUUACUUACUGAACACUCUGUGUAUUGUAAACUAGAAACAUAGUCAAUAUCAUGUAUCAAUGCCAUACUACAUAUUUAUUUUUAAAUAUAUGAAUAUUUAUAAAUUUUAAAAGUAAAUGGAAGUAUUAUUGUGACUU